AUGUUGAACUCAGCGUCACUGUUGACGGUCUCCCUGCUGGCUCAGGCUACUGCAGCAGAGACGGUGCUGGGAGCCUACAUCUUCUCUCGCCAUGGAGACCGGACGUCCAAGUCGACUCCUCCCACUGUCCUGACUGACCUGGGAUACAGCCAGGUCUACUCGUCUGGCAGAUACUACCGUGACCGAUACAUCUCUUCCUCGUCUUCUUCGCAGGUGCUAGGUAUCAGCCCAAACAUCAUCUCUCCUGGCGAGAUCACGGCCUCGGCUCCCCAGGACGAGGUCCUCCAAAAGUCAGCCCUCGCCUUCUUCCAGGGCCUCUACCCGCCAGCCGGCAAGGAAGCAAAGACGACUCUGCGUAAUGGCACCGUCGUCGAGGCUCCAAUGGAUGGAUACCAGCUCAUUGCCAUAGAGCAGGUCAAGUCUGGCUCCAACAGUGAGAACGUCGCCUGGCUGCAGAGCGCCAGUGCAUGCCAUAACGCAAAAGUCAGCAGCAACAACUACUUCGCUUCCAAGGAGUACAAAGACCUGUCCAAGUCGACUGAGAGCUUCUACAAGGACCUCACUCCGCUGGUGAAAGACAGUAUUCCUGCAGACAAAGUCAGCUUCAAGAAUGCAUAUACCGUUUUCGACCUGCUCAACGUUGCCUCCAUCCACAACUCAUCAGACUCCUUCCCAUCUCUGCCAGGCAAUGUUUAUGUUCAGCUACAGUCCCUGGCUAAUGUCCAUGAGUACGGUUUGGCAUACAAUGCCUCGGAGCCCAUCCGUGCUGUUAGCGGAGCCCUCUUGGCCGGCGAAGUGCUCAACUCCUUCAUGGACACCAUCAAAUCGCACCAGACCAAGCCAAAGGUUAACGUCCAGUUCGGAGCAUAUGCUACUUUCUUAUCCUUCUUUGGCUUGACCAAGCUCCCCGCUGCCAACAAUGACUUUAACGGUAUACCAGAUUAUGCCUCCACCAUGGCCUUUGAACUUGUCACCAACGCCAGAAUUUCUCCUGACUCCUUCCCGGCUGAAUCUGACAUUAGUGUCCGCUUCCUCUUCCACAACGGAACCACCAUCCCUGGCACAUCUAAUACCGAGCCAACCGUCUAUCCUCUCUUCGGCCAGGAGAAGACUCUCCUCCCUUGGUCCGACUUUGUCUCGUACAUGAAGGAGAUUGCCAUCACCUCUCAGGAUCAAUGGUGCCAGGCCUGUGGUAGCGCAAGUGAAGGCUGCUCCAGCGGUUCCUCAUCUGGCCCUUCUGCCUCGUCCAACAACGACAGUGGCAUCUCCAAGCCCGUGGCUGGCGUUAUCGGUGCUUUGGUUACGCUCUCAGUUAUCCUCGGCGUGCAGGCCCUUGUCUUCUUUGUUGGCGGGUUCACUAUCGCACGCAAGAAUAAACGGGUAGAUAGUGCCGGCGAAAUGUCCAAAGGGUCCGUUUGA